AUUCAUGACUGCGCAUGCGUAAAAGAGCGCUUCUGUGAAGAAAACUUAAGGUUUUGGCUUUUCUAUGAAUUUAUUUAAAAUCCACUACUAAAUUGCUGACAGCAACAUAAAUGGCAAAGGAUUAUUUCUGAAUUCAUCUGUUGAACAAAAGUUACAUUUAUAUCUGGAUGCAUUUAAAAGCCAUCUUAAUGAAGAUCACUGACUGAUGAAUCUGGCAGGUUGAUGUUUUUCUAAAACAAGCGACUCUCAUUCUUCUAUAGAAAUGACUAGCAAUGAUCUCUUUCCGUUAAAUCGGGCUCAAGAUAAUAGAAUAGUAGAAUCAGACGAGAAUUUUUCUAACCUGGAUUGGAAUGAUUCGGCCAUAAAAAAAAUAAUACCUGUACAUGGGAGCACAAAAUAUCUACAUACAGAUCGCAGACGAACUUGGUCUCCAUAUUCUUUAGAACAAGCAAUUGAUAAUGCUGAAAGUAACUUAAAUUAUAUGAAAUACUUCAGGAGUGAUGAUAACAUAGAUAAGGUACCCAGAAAUCCUCCUGUAAUAACUCCGGUUUCUGGAAGACUUAAUGCGGAUGCAGAAAACAUUUCAAGUAUUAUACGGCCCAUUGCCUUUAAACCAGUUGUUUUGAGCCCAACGCGUCGGUUUACAUCGUCUUUACAAAGAGCAGAAACAGCAACAAGCUUCGGAACCCACUCGCCAAGUGAUAGUGGAGUUGCAGCUGAUUUUGAAAAUUUGCUUCGAGAGAGAGAGAACGAAAUAAUACAAUUAAGAAAGACAAUGGCUCUGAAUGAAACUGCUAUCUUAAAAGUUUAUGAGGAAAAGAGUGAACAUUGGCAAAAACGUUUGGAAGGUGAAAGGAGUGAGUGGCAAUCUCGUUUAAGAGAUAUAAGCAAGCGCGCCAGAAAAAUUGAAGAAAAUUUGACUCUGCAAAUAGCUUGUUUAAAAGAAUCAAAUAUCAACUUAUUAGCAGAGAAUCGGCAAUUGAAAAAUGCUGUACGAAAUUUACAAGCGAAACUUGACUGUAAUAAUUGUGAUAUACUCCAAUUGCAGCAGGACUUUGACAUUCAACGAAAUUAUUAUCCAAAUUUCAAUAAAUCUGGUGUGGAUUUUCAAUGUCAAGUAAACCUGGAAGAAGAAAAUUUUGGUAUAUUGAAGCAGGAAUUUGAAAAAGUGAAAGAUAUUUUUGAGCGUGAAAAACACCAGUGGAUUGCUGAAAAGCGUCAAGUGGUGAGAUAUCACAAAUGCUUGGAAAUGAACUACAAACAAAUUCAAAAAAAGAACGAAGAACUCACUGAAGAAUUGGCUCAACUUGCGGUUGAAUUGGAAAAUCGAGAUCUUCAACUUUUGGAAAAUACUGUAUAAUUUAAAUGCUGUCCUUUUUCUAAACUAUAUUUGAUUUUAUUUACAUUUAAACUUUUAUAUAUGCAUAUAGGUGCUGCAAUAAUCAGCUGCUAACAACACGUACGUUCAGUAUUAUAUUUGACUUAAACGGCUUAUAGUGUAGUUCUUUGUCUUGCGAAAUAUAAUUUUUGCACUGACGAAAGUGAAUAUGUCUCUUUUGAUUAGGAAUAAACCUCAUUCAAACGGUUGUAAUUAAAUCUAUCUUAUUUUAACGCAACAAAUACUCAAAACUACAAAGUGACAAGUGCUUUAUUUUAGUUGCG